UUUUUUUUUUUUUUUUUAUCUUUAUAUGUAGUAGAUCUUUACAGAUAUUAAUAAAUGAGAUGUAAUUUGUAGAAGUGUUUGCAAACCAGCCACAUCCUCAAAUUCUUUGGUUGGGUGUGUUUAAUGAACUGUUUUCUUUGGUGUAUUGAAAGAGUAUUUGUUGGAGUUGGUGCAAUUAACUUAAAUCAAUUGUCAUGGGGUAGGUGAACAUGUUUCACAUGUUUGUUUUGUAAAAUCUGUGUAGGUGCUCAUGUUUCUCAGCGAAGUUACCCGGGUUUGUAUCUACGACGUAUAAGCCAGCUUUUAGACUCGAACAACAUGGAUAGAUUUAGGAAUUCUUGUUUUGGCCGUUUGUUAGAUCUGGAUUCUUGGAAAUUCCAGGGACAGCUGUUGUAUUUGAUGUACUCCUCCAUCAAUGUAGAGUCUUUUGCUAUUAGAAGAAUAUCUUUUAGGCUCUGUGGGCUGGAUGUAGAGCUUGGUCCCCUCGAAUUUGGGGUAAUGACAGGCCUUAGUUUCAAGGGGUGGGAGGAGCCCCCGACAACCUCUGAAUUUUAUAAACGUCAUUUCAAAGGGCAAACAAGAAUGUUUUUUAACCAAAUCUUGGAUGCUUUUGAAAGUCAUUGUAUUAAAAAUAAAGGGGCAGAUGUGGAUUCCUUAUGUUUUGCCUACUUAGUGGUUGUUUUUGGCAUUUUAUUGAUUAGACAUAACACUAGUAAAAAGAUAGAGCUCCGGUUCAUUCACUUAGUUGAUGAUGUAGACAAAUUCACCUCAUAUCCUUGGGGGUUGGUGGCAUAUGGAUGACUCGUUAUCCUUUGUCACAAUGCCAAAGCCCGGCUGGAUUAUCAUAGUCAAAGGCAGCUUCGUCCAACAUGUGACGCGGCCGGGCUUUGGUAUGUCUUGCAAGUUUUUGCUUAUGAGCUACAUUCAAAGUUUGUGGAUGUAAGCUGUGAGGUAGGGGUCAACGUACGUGACCGGAGUCCUCGCUUGCUCCGAUGGAUCCCCUGAACAAAGACCCUGAAAUUGAGCCCUAUUUUACCCCUGCUCAUGCUUCGGAAUUGGUACCGAUGAAUUUCACCCCAUCCGAGAGGGUUUGGUGUGAAAACCACGGAUUGUACCCCAACUACAGUUGCGAGGUGCCGAGUGAUGAUUUGCUUGUCACCAUCAAAUACAAAAUCAACAAUUCUUCCAAACCAAGAUCACCCAAAGAACAACCACAUCCAAAAGUGGAUAAGUUAGUGCUUGGGAAAAGGAAGAUCAGAGCUACACAGCGGGUGCUUGAAAGGCCCGAAGACGAGGAAGCAUUUGAGCGGCUGAUCGAGUUGGCAGACACCCAAACAACAGAAAAGACUAAGGGGAAAAAGAGUACACCCCGAAAACAUGUUCCACCUCAUCAAGGACAUGAAGUAGGGGCAGGCACUAACAAGAGAGGUUAGACAAAGAAAAAUGAAGAGU